CAUCACCAUCUCUCUCCCUGACCAGGCUGGUCAGUACAGGUGUUUUGCAUGAGGAGAGGUCGGCCCCAGAAGUCAUAUCACAGCUUUUCUGGCCCAUCAUCGUCACUGAUAGUCGUCCGACAGCUACACUGAGUUCUGACAAAGAGGACGUAUUCACAGGAGACAGUGUGACACUGAGCUGUACUGUAGAGUCUUCUGGAUGGAAGUUUUACUGGUACAGACACAGACCAGACUCUACACCAGUAACCACAACCUCUGUAUACUCCAACACACUCAACUGGGUCAGUGUCUCUGAUGGAGGACAGUACUGGUGCAGAGCUGGGAGAGGAGACCCAGUCUACUACACCCUGUACAGUGACCCAGUCCAGAUAAACAUUACUGAGAGACCUGUUGCUGUUCUGACCCUCCAACCCAACUGGACCCAGAUAUUCAUUAGAGAGACUGUUACUAUGAGAUGUGACAUACAGGGAGGAGGAGACUCUGACUGGAACUACAGAUGGUAUAAGAAUAGUCAGUUAUUCAGCCCCUUUAACACAACGCCUGAGUACAGAAUCAGUCCUGUCUACAUGUCUAACAGUGGUUCAUAUACCUGUGAGGGUGUAAAGGGAAACAAGUUCUCCAAGAUCAGUGAUGCUGUACAGCUGACUGUGUCUGAUCAACCCAAGGCUGUCCUGAGUAUCGCUCCUCAGUGGCUGAACCCUGGAGACUCAGUGACUCUGAGCUGUGGGGUUAAAGAGUUGUCUACAGGCUGGAGGUUCUCCUGGUACAGGACUGUUCCCUACAGAGCUGGGUUACCCUCCCUAUCAGACACGUCUUACUCUCUACAGURCCUAUCUGACAAUGGGACUAGUGAAGACUCCUACACUCUGAUCCCUGCUGGUCCUACUCCCACAGGAGGAUAUGUGUGUAGAGCUGGGAGAGGAGACCCAGUCUAUGAUACACUCUACAGUGAACCUCAGUUUCUCUGGUCAGGAGAUCUGCAGCCUUCAGUGUCUCUUACAUUAAAUCCCAACAGAACUCAACACUUUAUAUCAAAGUCUCUCUCACUGAGCUGUGAGCUGAAGGGGAACUCUACUGGAUGGAGACUGAAGAGAUACACAGAGACAGCAUGGACGUCAGAGUGUCCAUCUACCUGGAGAUCAAUAACAGAAUCCACCUGCACCAUCACAUCAUUGAACACAUGGUACAGUGGAGUGUUCUGGUGUGAGUCUGGAUCAGGAGAGUACAGUAAUGCUGUCAACAUCACAGUGAACAAUGGUGAUGUGAUCCUGGAGAGCCCUGUCCAUCCCGUGACUGAAGGAGACUCUGUGACUCUGAGCUGUACAUUUAGAUAUCAGGAAACAAAUCCUAACCCCAAGACUGAUUUCUACAAAGAUGGAGAACUCAUCAAGAAUGAGACCACAGGAGAGAUGACCAUCCCUACAGUAUCCAAGUCAGAUGAAGGAUUCUAUAAGUGUAAAUCUGGUGAAGGAGAAUCACCAGAGAGCUGGGUGACAGUGAGAGUCCCUCCAGGUUCCGUUGUCUCCAUCUCUCUGACCAGGCUGCUGUGUGGUCUACUG